UAGUCACUCCAUCUGUCAAAAUCUGAAAAGGAGGUGUGGUUAUUUUGAUAAGAUAGCGAGGCCCCAGAAAAUUUAAGAAAAAUGUCGGCAACCCUAAAGCCCUACCUGACGGCCGUGCGCCACACCCUAACCGCUGCCAUGUGCCUGGACAACUUCUCCUCGCAAGUGGUGGAGAGACACAACAAACCGGAAGUUGAGGUUAGGAGCUCCAGAGAGUUGUUACUUACCCCGGUGGUGAUAUCCAGGAACGAGAAAGAAAAAGUGUUCAUAGAGACCUCCGUGAACUCGGUGAGGAUCAGUAUAGCAGUGAAACAGGCGGAUGAAAUCGAGAAGAUCCUGUGUAAGAAGUUUAUGAGGUUCAUGAUGAUGCGGGCCGAGAACUUUAUAGUGUUGCGGAGGAAGCCUGUGGACGGGUACGACAUAAGCUUCCUCAUCACGAAUUUCCACACGGAGCAGAUGUACAAACAUAAACUGGUGGAUUUCGUUAUACAUUUCAUGGAGGAAAUCGACAAGGAAAUAUCGGAGAUGAAGCUGGCGGUAAACGCAAGGGCAAGGAUCGUGUCGGAGGAGUUUUUAAAGCGUUUUUAAUAGGAGGCUUCGGUGCUGAUUCGGAGAACUGUUUUGGUAACCAGAGGUUUUUUUCACAAAGUGAAGUGAUUGUUCUUUACCUAGGUUAAUGUAAAUAGUUUAAGCAUAUUUUUUGUACUAAGAUUUAUCCUACAUUAUAAUUAUUUAAAUUAUUCAACUGAAUUGUAUUCCUGUAUAUUUUUUAUAUUGCGUUGCAUUCUAUCCGUUGUAUUAGCUCCGGCAAAGUUCGUAGUUUUGUAAAGUGCCAAUUUGUACAUGCAGUUGUUGAAGAAAAUUUCUGUGUG